CAGCUGUUUCUACUGAAAUCAACAAACUGCCAGGCAGGCUUGCAACUUUCAGCGACCCGACCCCAGCCAUUAAGCGCCCUUGCAGCGCUCAGCUCCAUUUCCAGCCCCACUUCGUCGACCAGCAUGUAAAUAUGGCUGACACUAUGUAACUCGGGCCCUUAGGGCCAAACUUAGUCUUAGAAAACAACCCCUUGGGGAAUCGCCACCAAAUGCUGACUCCAGCUGCCAGCGCCUCGGCGUAGGCGCCCGCUGCUCCUGAAUGGACAUCGCCAGCAGCAACAAUAGACAGUAACCUCCCAGCGGCCACCGCGCUGCCGACGUCAAAUCCGCCCUCCGCUCCACACAAGCCCCGCCAGGCGCGAGCCCUGGGUGUCCUUGCCACCUCCUCCUUCCUCUGCCAGCGGCGCGGCAAUGGCGUCGCACCUCCAUUCAACGCCCCAGCACAUUCUCCACGGCUUUGGCAGCCACGCCGGCAGCUAUGGGUCCUCUCCCGGUGGCAGUCUACCUCCAUUCUCCCCGCCCGCGAGCGUACUGGGCGGUUACGCGAGCCCUGUGCCGCCCACGCUCCUGGGCGUCUCCCCAGCUGCUGCCGAUGGCCGCUCGCCCCUGAUUGGCGCGUCACCUCCCUACCGCGGCGGCUCUUCCGCUGCCGGCGACAAGGCAAACCCUUACCUCGCUGCCAAGAAGUUCUGGAAGCGGCUGUGCUUUGACCCUGCCCUGGACCCCACUGAAUACACGAUCGGCUUUGUGGAGACGGUGCAGCAGCCGGAGCGCAAGUCGGGCGUGGAGGCGUGGAGCAUGCGCCUGCAUGACCGUCUCAUGGAGCUGCCGUACACUGCCUUCGUGGAGCGGUUCUGCGGCACCGGCGGCGCGGAUGGAGCAGGAGGAGGCGGCGGCGGUGGUGGAGGAGGAGCAGGAGGGGCGGCGUACGGCAAGGCCGGCGGCGGCGGGCACAGCAGCAGCCACCGCUGCCCGCGUGGUGCCUCGCCCUCGAGUGGAGGUGGAGGAGGUGGCGGGGGGCUGUCCGGCUUCGUGGCCUCAACCAGUGAGGAGUCGAGCAGCGAUGUGCCCUACCAUAGGAUCGCCUACUUCAAGCACGGCAACGUGGUCGUCUGGGAGUCCGAGUACCACAAGCGGCGCCUGAGCGACCUGCUGCCGCCCGCGCCGCCCGGCCCCCCCGCGCCCCUGCACCUCCACGUCCACAUCGCCGGCGAGGGCGGCGCCUCCCACGGCGGCGCCAGUGUGGACCGAGCUCGGCGGCGCAACAGCCGCGACGGCAUGCCGCCGCUGCCGCAGCCGCCCAGCCCCGCCGGCUUCGCCGGCUUCAACUCCGCGCACGCCCGCAUCAGCGCCAGCGUCGGCGGAGCUGGCGGAAGCUACUCGGCCUCUGCUAUGGCGGCGGCGGCUCGCGUGCUCGGCGCCUCGCCCGGCGUCGUCGGCAGCGCGGGGCUGCAUGGCACGAGCUUGGGCGGCGGCCUGGGUUCGGGCCCGGGCCCGGUCAGCCGCGGCCGCAGCCCGCGGGGCGCUAGUCCCAGCCUCAAGGGGCUCAGCUACCGCGGCAGCGACGACGGAGAGGGUGAGGGUGAGGGCGAUGGUGACAGUCGCUCGGAUGACGGGGAUGAGGAGGAGUUGCUGCUGGAGGAGGAGGAGGAGGCGCGCGAGAGGGCGCGUCGGCGCGGCGGUGCGGAGGCUGAGGCUGAGGGGGAGGGCGAGGAAGGCGGCGACUCCACGGAGGCUGAGGGCGGCCGCAGCUCGGGCGGCCGCCCGCGCCGCAGCCGCAGCAGCCGGCUGGAGCGUGGCACGCCUACUGCUGCUGCUGGUGGUGCUAGUGGUGCUGGUGUCAUCGUCGGAAGCGUCGGAGCGGGCCGGCUGCCGCUGCCGGUGCCCGUGACGUCGUGGCCGACAGGGCCCGCGGAGGCGGGUGCCUUUGGGAGCGCGGCCGGGCGGUCAGGCCUGGGUGGCGGCGGCGGAGGAGGUGGCGGGGGCGGCGUCAGUGCGUUUGCGGCGGCGGCGGGAUUGGUGCCGGCAGAGGCGGAGGCGGCGCCGGUGCCUCAGCUGCCGGAGGAGUGCUGGAUGGUCAUGCUGCAGCAGCUGGGCGUGCGGGAGGUGUGCAUGGUGGGCCGCACUUGCAAGUGGCUGCGCGCUCUGGCCUCCGACCCGGCGGUGUGGCGCUGCCAGUACGAGUCGCUGUGGGGGCGGCCGCCGGAGCCGGGGCUGGGCGCGGCGGUGGUGCGGCGCAUGUGCCGCCGCUCGCAGCUGCGCGCCGCGCGCUGGGUGGAGGCGCGAGUGCAGGCCGCCAGCCUGGGCUUCCCCGGCACGGUGUGUGUGCAGAUGGACGACAGCAAGGUGGUGUCGGGCGACGGCGGCGCGGUGAGGCUGUGGUCGCACGCCACAGGCCGCCGCAUCGCCACGCUGCAGGGCCACCCCGGCCGUGUCACGGCGGUGGCCUUCGACGACCAGCUGCUGGUGAGCGGCUGCACUGGCUCCGUGGUCAAGCUGUGGAGCAUGGAUGAACUCAAGUGCAAGCGCACGGUGCGUCACGAGGGCCCGGUGUCGUGCUGCUGCCUGCUGACCACCGGCAUCCCCGUCAGCGGCGCCAAGGACGGCCUGAUGCGGCUGUGGGACGUGGCCAGCGGCGCCGCCAUCGUGGGGCUGGAGGCGGGCGGACCCGUGGCGGCGCUGCAGGCACACGGACCCUCGGGCCGGCUGGUGGCGGCCGCGGGCUGGGGCGUGCAGCUGUGGGACGUCUCCACCGCCACGCUGCUGCAAACGCUCGGGCUGGGCGACGACGCGCCCGCCGCCGCGGCCGCCGGCGGCGCCGCGCCGCCGUCGCCGCACCCGUACACCUGCGUGUCGUACGUGGGGGAGCUGCUGGCAGCUGGCCGGCAGGGCGAGGUGGUCCUGCUGGAUCCAAGGGUCAGCACGCCCGUGGGCCGGAUCCAUUGCGGCGGCCCAGCCGUGCCGCGUGGCGGCAGCGCUGGCGGCGCCGAUGGCGUCGCUGCCGAAGGCGGCGGCGGUGGGCUGCCGGCUACCGCCGGCAGCGGGCGUGUGUCGCUGCCGGGUGCGCUGAGCGGCGUGUUGGAUGCGGGCGGCGGCGGUGCGGGUGUGCUGGGGCUGGGAGGCGCGUUUGCGAGUGGCCUGGGUGCGAUUGCGGCUGCCGCGGCGGCAGCGGGCGCCGGCGCGGCGGGCGUGGGCGGCGGCGGCCGCGGCGCGCCGUGUGUGGGCGUGCAGAUGGAUGAGUGGAAGCUGGUGUGCGGAUUCGAUGACGGACGGCACCAGCUGCACCUGUAUGAUAUUCGCUCUCUGAGCGGCUUGAGCGGCGGCGGCAAUGGCUCGGGCAGCGGCGGCGGCGCUGCCGCUGCUGCCGCUGCCGCGUACGGCGGCGCCAUCAGCUUCCGGCGGCGGCCGUGGAGCGUGCCGCUGAUGACGUUCACGGCGCCUGCACGGAUUAGCUCCUUCCAGUUUCAUGACAAUCUGCUGCUCGCGGGCCUGGAGGGAGUGGAGUGCACAAUGUGGCGCUUUGAGAACCCCAACGCAGCUGCCACCUCGGCAGCCGCCCCCAGCUACGGCGGCGGCUACAGCGCCGCAGGCGCCGCAGGCGGCGGUGGCGGCGGCUCGAUCGCUAUGGCAGCGGGAGGCCGCGGCGGCGGCGGUGGUGGCGGCACGGGCGGUGCGGGCGGCGCCGGCGAUGAUGAUGAUAACGCUGCAGGCGGCCGCAAGAAGAAGCCGGGCAAGGUUCCCAAGAUCAAGGGCCGCUACCCCAAGCGUAGUACCAAGUAGGAGUUCCGUACCGUACUGUUGGUGGUUGGAUGCGGCACAUGUCAGCGACUGCUGGCGCCGACCACGCUCUCGCCGGAGCCGAGCCGACGCUUGAGGAGCCGGCGGGAAGCCGGACAGGGAGCUCGCACACACAGUAGAGAUGGGCGUGUGGCACACUGCCACGACGCACUCACGGACACACGACAUGGCUUAUGAGCUGCGGGAAAACUGCCAGGCCUUCGCUAAUUCGUCAGGAGUUCGAUUCAGCCAAUUACAGACGCCGUGUGUGCGUCUGACGCAAAGGCACAUUGGGAGAGUCGCAUGUUAGCAAGGAAAGUCAUAAGCAUGCCCAAACGGUUGACCGGGCAGCCGUAAAGCGUGUGCACACGUGCGCUUCCUUUAUGUGAAGCCCGGGCGUGCGGUCAUCGGGGCUUGGCAUAAGAUGUUUUAGGAUAGCCUCUACGCUGAUAACAACACGCGUUGCAGACCGUUGGCAACGUGCCAGGCGGCUGGCUGCGGCGGCGCGCGUUGAUACGAAGCGCGUGUGAAACGCUUGACUUCCGGACCGGGCUUUGGUGCUCUCACAAUACAUACUGCUGCGUUACGGUUUUUCAAGAAUUCGGGGGUUUGACCUGCGCUUGCGGUCUGCUUUCUUCGGAUGUCAACGACGUGUUGCCUCAUGCUGUGCUACCUCCCAUCGCGUCUGCACUACCUCCCUUGCCUCCCUAAAGUCCGUUGUUUGGCUUUCCGCUCCCGUUAUUAUUACCCCUAGUCUUGGGCACCGCAGAGACCCAUGUGAACAUUUCAUACGCCAUGUUAUUUCCGGGGGUGGUGCAGUAGCUGUAGUGAUGCAUAGCCGACCUAUGAGUUAAGCACUGCGAGCGUUGAGCCAUCACUGAGACUGAAUGCAGUUGCUGGGACGAAAAACGAACAAAAGUUAAAAAGGGUGCACUGUUGCAGAAGGCAGACGCCGCAGUUGGCCGCACACUGACGUGCAAGACGGGAAUGCAUACAUUUUGUGGAGUUCGUCGCACGCCAAUAGGCCGGGUCCAUGCAUGGGCUAGAUGGGGUUGUCGGAGGGACGGGGUGUUGGUAGGAAGGGUCCUGCACGAUCGUCACAUUGGUUGUUUGGGCUGCGGGUAGUGGCGGCAUUGGCUUGCUCAUGCCCUGGAGUGGAGAGCGAACGUCUUUUGCCAGGAUGGUGGUGGUUGAGAAGACGAUGCAGUGCGCGAGACAGGCACGUGGCCCAUAUCACCAUAUGUUGUUUCAGCACGUCGCCGCGCGCGCGGACAGGGGUGCCACUGUGGGGGCUCGCCUUGCUUCGCUCCGGGGCCUCAGUCCUCAAAGUUGUCAAGAUGCAGCAAAUCAAUCCGCUGUGUGGAACGUGUAUGGGGGUUUUGGGAUUGCGGUGGGACCGAACAUCGAGCGAUGUGACCUUCAUCCACCUUGUAAACUCCGUUUUGC